CAGGGGGCGGCUGGCGGUGGAGCCUCUGUUGUAGGUGGGGGGAGCUGGGAAUGUGUGCAUAUUUGGGAGUGAUUUUGCGGCUCCUGGAGGAGCAGCGGUACACGCAGCAGCACCGGGUAACUUGAAAAAAACUUGGUUCUGUUUAACGGGGUUCGACGUGAAGGCGGGCUGUUCAAGCAUAGGAACACAAGUCGGCUGCUUUAGAGUCCAGCUGCUUUCGACAGCGGAGAACCAGGUCCAGGUUUUAGCAUUGGAACGAUUUCCGGCACAACAUGGAUGAUUUAGAUGCUCUGUUGGCGGACCUUGAGUCCACGACAUCCCACAUUUCCAAGCGCCCUCUCUUCCUGUCUGACGAAGACGCCUACUCCAUCCCUGCUGGGGGUCAGACCCAGCCAGACAUCUGCUCUCCACCACAGAUCCCGCCCACUCCCACGGAACAAGGUCUGAACGGACUUGAUGAAACUGAGUCUUUGAGUUCAACUCAAAGGAGUCCUUGGUCUCAAGAAAACAGUAGCCCAACCCAACCUACUGGUGAAGAGGACCACGUUUACAGUUUCCCUAUCAAGCCGAAGAGCAGUGAUUCAAGCAUGAACUCGGCUCUGGGCAACAACCUGUCUGAACUGGACCGUCUUCUUCUGGAGCUUAACGCUGUCCAGCAGAGCACACCCGCCUUUCCCACAGAAGAAGAUGCAGCUCCACCUCUGCCUGCAAGCAGUAUUAUACACCAAAUUCACGAGAAUGGAGUCUCUGGCAAGGCUGGGCCACCUGUUAUUGAGAAGCCAAAGCGCAGCGUUGCAACAAGAGGAAUAGACGAUGUACGACCAAGUGUGGAGAGCCUUCUCGAUGAAUUGGAAAGCUCUGUGCCCUCGCCCAUUCCCACGCCUCUGGUGUUGUCAGAAGACCAGACUGAUGGACAGGAUGUGACACCAACACAGCACCAAACCAGAAUGUCUGCCUCCUCUGCCACACGAGAGCUGGAUGAGCUCAUGGCCUCUCUGUCUGACUUCAAAGUCCAAAGCAAUAUCCAGUCCCAGGGAAAGACGUCUCCCACUUCACUGCCAAAACCGGCUAACAAGCUGGACAACAUGCUAGGAAGCCUGCAAUCAGACCUCAACAGACUGGGAGUCCAGACCGUGGCUAAGGGUGUCUGUGGAGCCUGCAAGAAACCCAUUGUUGGACAGGUGGUCACUGCUAUGGGCAGGACUUGGCAUCCAGAGCACUUUGUGUGCACACACUGCCAGGAGGAGAUCGGCUCCAGAAACUUCUUUGAGCGAGACGGUCAGCCCUACUGCGAGAAAGACUACCACAGCCUGUUCUCACCCAGAUGUCAGUACUGUAAUGGACCCAUCCUGGAUAAAGUUGUGACUGCAUUGGACAAAACCUGGCAUCCGGAACAUUUUUUCUGUGCCCAGUGUGGAUCCUUUUUUGGACCAGAAGGUUUCCACGAGAAGGAUGGAAAGGCCUACUGCAGAAAGGACUACUUCGACAUGUUUGCUCCAAAAUGUGGUGGCUGUGCCCGGGCCAUCCUGGAAAACUACAUCUCUGCUCUGAACAGUCUGUGGCACCCUGAGUGCUUCGUCUGCCGGGAGUGUUUCACGCCAUUUAUAAAUGGCAGCUUCUUUGAUCACGAGGGGCAGCCGUACUGCGAGUCACACUACCAUGAGCGCCGCGGCUCACUGUGCUCCGGCUGCCAGAAGCCAAUCACUGGCCGCUGCAUCACAGCCAUGGGCAAGAAAUUCCACCCAGAGCACUUUGUGUGUGCUUUUUGCCUGAAGCAGCUGAAUAAAGGCACCUUCAAGGAGCAGAACGACAAGCCCUACUGCCACAGCUGCUUCAUCAAACUCUUCAGCUAGACCGUGAGUGAUUGGCCGGGUCGACAUCUACAAAUUGCGUUGGAUUGCACACAGACGUGUGUGCGCAUAAGUCAGAGAAGUUGGUGUGAGGUGAAGUCACAAAGAUGGUGGGUAACAUCAACAACAACACUGAAUAGACAAUAUUGACAUUUUCACACUUUUGCUAAAGAUUUUUUACAAGAGCCAAAAGAGAUUUUUAUUUAGGGGUUUAUUCCUGUGAGCAAGACGACGUGUGGGUCCGCACAUAACCCUGAUAGAGUGUGAGACGUGUUCUUGUAUUUUUUCAAAUGAUUCUAUUUCCCCAUUGCAGGGCGAGACCUUGCAGUGUAUGGUGGUUUUACAUUAUGCAGAUUUGAGACAGCUGCUUGUUUGCAUGGACCACAGAAAGGUGAUGUCAUCAGAUUUUAAAUGAUAAUAGGUUGAAUACCCCGCGCCUGGAUAAGUUGUGUUGAUAACGUAUAAAAAUGUAUUUUUCUACUUUUGGAAACUGUUAAGGUGCCAUUCUAAAAAAAAUAACCAUCUGGACGUAUACAGUACAGACAGACAGAAGCCCAACUCAGUCGUCCCAGUGCACACUCUUGGUAUUGAAAGGUGCAUUUUAUGUGUGUGUCGUUGGGAAAUCUGUACGUAUUUUUCUACUGUUUCACUAAAAAAAAAAAAUUAAAAACACAUUUUCUCAGUUUCCUCAAACUGUACAUACAUCCAUGUUGUCAUGUAACUUCAUUUUUUGCUGCCAUUAGGAAAAUAACCACAUUGAAAUCUUUCAUGUAGCAGCUUGUUGUAAUACAAACCCUGAUUUUCAGAAAGUUGGUACACAGUGUAGAUUCAUUCAGAUUUUUUUUAUUUAUCAGACAAAGAUGAAAUUGGAUGAUGUCGUUCAUUUACUUAAUCAUUUAAUAAACUAGCUUAUAAAGCAACAACUGCAACAAACAAAAGACGUUUAACACAGAGUCAUGUCAACUUUCUUUGAACACACACACUUAGACACAAAGAACCAUCGUUGAACAUUUGUUGGUCGAAUGACUGUUGUCUAGGGACUGGAGCUUUUCAAUAUUCCUACAGUUAUCUCAUUCUCUUCUGUAUUAUGUGCCUAAUGCUUUUAAUGAGAAAUGGAUAACAGAGUACAGACAGGCCAGUCCAACUCCUAUGAUUUCCUACAAAUCCCUGGUGCAGCUCAUAUCAUCACAGAUGCCUUUUGUUGGUGAGUGAUGUUUUUUAAUGCAACACCACUGAAAGCCUUAAAGGUCACGCACAUUCAGCGCGUGUUUUCUCCUUUGGCCUUUUUGCAGAUUUUCUUCCUGAAACUUUGCCAAACUUACCAAUUAUAAUUAGUGAAAAUCCAUUAUAAUAUUUGCAUACUUGCACUGGUGGUGCUGAGCUACCACCUUCCUUUACAAAACAAAGAACAAAACAAAGAACAGUCCUACUAGGAUACUUUAAUGUUGCCAGUAAACCAGAAUAGUUUUUGUGUUAUCUUUUGAAGUGUGUUGCAGAAAUACUUUUAGAAUCCAGUUUAUUUCAGUAAAAAAUCAUUUUAAAACAUGUUUGUUUUUGUGUUAAAAACUGUUGAUUACCAAUACCACAGAUUUGAGCUUUUACUCCAUUUAUAGUAAUGCGUACCAACUUUUCUGAAUAUGGCGUUUGUUCAACAGUGUUUUACUGUUGACCUUUGAGCUGUUCUCAUGAACUCAUACCAUCAGAGCUCUUGAUGGAUGAUGUAUGUUUGUUUAAUUUUUUAUAGAUGCUGAAUCAUUUCAUUAAAUAAAGCCAAAAACGUGUAUCAAAAGUGAAGAUCUGCUGCUUGAGGAUUUAUGGUAUGAUUUGCGUCAGGCGAACAUUUGUCUCACGUCACUUUUUGUGUUCCUGUCAAAUAUCACUUAACUUCACUCGGAUUAAAGACUGAAUGAUGAUUUAAGAUUGGGUUGCCUAUUUGAAUUAAAAGCAUGUCAUUGUAUAUUUCUUUGGGGUGAUUUAGCAUUUAGCAUCAGCAUUAGCUGCCAGUUGCUGUUACAAUCAGAGUCUAAAUUGAUGUAUGCUGUGCUUGGCAUUGUGACAGAGCUGUGUUUUGUCACCUUUUUGAUUUAAAAAAAAUGUAAUUCUGAGUUUUCUAGUUUCAGACUGAUAUACAAGGAGCUGGCUCUGUUGGCAAGUACACAAAACAAUUGUGAUUCCUCUUCUUACACACACACACAAACACACACACCAGCUUCAGUUACAUAUUUGUACCUUAAGGGAUGAACUAUGAACCUGUGCUUAGAGUGUUGGGUUGAUUUAGCUGAUCAGGAAUCAGACACCAAGGCUUCUUUUCAAAUACAUGUUUAUUUUACUUUUAGCUCCUUUUUGUCACAUAUUUGUCAUUUUUCUUUCAUUUUCUUGGCAGGUGUGAACACAUUUGAACCACAGCAUCCACAUUGACUGAUCUAGAAAUGCCUCAUUUUCUUGUGCCAAAUGUGUCAAUGCAAUAAGGUCUUACACACUGGAGUUUUCUCUCCUCUGCUUUGACUGGAGCCGGAGGAGAGGCUUCAUCUGCUGUGGUACAUCUAAACACUGUAAUGGGCUGUACUGAGCAGACUGAGAUGUAAGGUAACAGGCAGUUGGAAACACAUGUGCGCCUGCAUUCUAACUGUGUGCCUGAGAAGGUGACCAGGAGUUGUCAGUUGAUUUUUAUCCACAUUUAUGUAGCUACAGUUGCCUUUUAGUUUUUGCUUCUGUCAAAGAUUGAAAUGAAAACAAUGAAAGACUGAGAUUAAGUUUUCCCUCCAGGUCAACUGAUUUUUUUUUUUUUUAACUUUUUUUGUGUGGGUGGUUUCCGAUGACUGAGCGACUAAUGUAACUGCUGCAAAAAUAAAGUUCUUUAUCUCUGCGA